AUGGCGCCCGAAACACCGAGAGGUGUCUCAUCGAGACUCCUCACUAUGAAAUUCAUGCAGCGAGCAGUGGCUUCAGCAAACUCUUCACCCGACGUGGAUACAAACUCGGCAAAGAAGCGGAAGCUGGGACACUCCCCUGCGGCAGGUCGCAUCGACAUGAAUAUUGACGAGGCUGCGAUCAAGGCUGCUCUGGACGAUCAGGAGGCGAAAAGACAGGCGGCACUGGACAAGCACGUCGGGGGCGACACUCACUGGGUUCUUGACUCCCCUUUCACAAAGGCCGCCAGUACCUCCAAACCAUCCCUGAAUGUCGUCUACGUUGGAUACGGUGACAUUGAUUCAUCUAACGAGUCAGGAGACAAUGAAGAAGCUCCAUCCAGGGGGCGCACUUCAAUAGGCAAAUCCAAGGGUUCAAAAAAGCAGGAUGUGACGAAAAACGAGGAUGACGACAGCGAUGAUUCAGAUUCAGAGAACUCAGAGGCGCCGACCCCGGAGCGAAAGCGAAAGCCAUCCAGUGAUAGCCCACACUCUCAAGCUGGGCGAAGCCGCUCACGUUCUAGAUCACAAUCGCGACAGAGCAUGGAGACUGCCAAAGCCAAAGAGUUUCGUGACAAGAGAAAAAAGAAGGAAGUGAAGCUUAGCAAGCUCUCCUCCAUCUCAUCCGGUGGAGGGAUAUCAUCUGGAGGAGGCAACCAGUUCUCGCCUGCUAGCAGCAAGGCCAUGACUUGCUACAAGUGCCACCAAGCCGGCCACAAAGCCGUAGACUGCCCCAAAUCUGGAGGCUUCAGGGGACGAUCCAACAGGUAG